GGCGCGACGCCCUGCCUUUUCUUCUUUAUGGUGGCUGGGAAUUAAAUGCCUUUCUUAAUCAGUUGGGUUUAUUACGGCGAAAACGACGUCGUCUAUGCCCAUUCUCAAGUGCUUUCCCCAAUCACAAAUAUCAAAAGCCCAGCGUAUCAGAUCCUCUCUCUCUCUCUCUCUCUCUCUCUCUCUCUGCUUCAGAAUCAAUUUGAUUUCUCAUUAGGGUUUUUGAUUCUCUUCUCUCUCCCAAGGGGUUUCCCUCCCCAAUGUCUUCGCAAUCAGGAGCCUACUACUCCACACUCCCCUCCACCUCUACCUCCACCUCCAACACAGCUGACGCGCGCUUCUCCUUCCCCACGUGUCGCCCAUGGCGGGAGCUCGUCCUACCGCUUUCCUCCUUCACGCGCCCCUGCUCGCUGGGCGACGCCGGCCUGCACAUCAAGCGCAACCUGAGCAACUUCCGCGUGAACUACGCGCUAAUCGUCCUUCUCGUCCUCUUCCUCAGCCUCCUCUGGCACCCGAUCUCCAUGAUCGUCUUCAUCCUCGUCUUCGUCGCCUGGUGCUUCCUCUACCUCCUCCGCGACGCGCCGCUCGUCAUCCUCAACCGCACAGUCGACGACCGCCUCGUUCUCGCCCUCCUCGCGGUCGUCACCGUCGUCGCUCUGGUUCUCACCGAAGUGUGGUUGAACGUGCUGGUUUCGCUCUUGAUCGGAACCGCGAUUGUCGUCCUACACGCUGCGUUUCGUGGCACGGAGGACUUGUAUUACGAAAACGAGCGAGACGCCGCCGAUGGAGGCCUCUUCUCCGUCGUCGGCAGUCCCCCCACUCGCUCCGCUUUCAGCCGCAUAUAAGAUCGUUUGUCACGCGCCGAAAGUUGUCGUAAUGCAAAGACUAUUCAAUAUUCAUCAUCAUUGAGUAGGCCAGGCCAGGAAUCUGAUUCUCUGUUCUGCCAUUUGCGUGUGAGAGAAGUUGUCAACUCCGUUGAUUGUGGGAUGUGGGAUUUACAAAGUGCAAAGGCAUUGGAGAUUGCAAUGCUUUUGUUAUGGCCCAUGUGGGGGAGGUCUUUGAAUUUGAGAGAAACGAUUCAAGGAAGAAGCGAAAAGGGUAUUUAAUUAGUUUAAUGAUACAGAUUUUGUAAUCCGAUUGGAGUUCUUA